UGUGUGCUAGAAAUGUAUCAGAAAUCUUCGAUGAAAGUUCUUUUCAGUCAGUCUCAGCUGAGUUUUAAAAAUAAAUUACUAUGAAAGAAUGAAUCACUGGAGAAAAUUUUUAUUAGUUAAGACUAUUAAAUACGCAUGUGUCAGGUAACCUUUUAAACAUCGUAUAAAUUAAUCUUCGAAAUGAAUAUUACGAUGACUAAUACGUUAAUGUACAAGUUUCAAACAUCUAAACUAUUCAGAAUAGAGAGCACUUCUGAAAACUAAGAGAAGCAUCAAACUAAUUGCAAAUAAUUAUAAUUAGUUAUCUUCUAAAAUAAUUAAAUUUACUAUGAAAAUUCCAGGUGUUCUGAAAUAAGUCGCCGAAAGUAUUGGGUUGCACCAAUGAUUGUGAACUAAUAGGUGGUAAAGACGUUAAAAUUACUGUUAAUUCUAGGAAACUGUUGUUAGUGAUUUGAAAUACAAGUAGCUUGGAAUAUGCUGUGAGGUGCGGCUUAAAAUUGGUAAAGAAACGGCUAGUCUAAAAUAAUUUCUAUAAUUAGAAUUCUGUUAAUUGUAAGGGUAAAAAUUAGGGUUUUGAUGAUAAAGAAAAUUGCUGCUCUGAAACAUUUACCGCAGACGAUGAAGAAAAUAUAAUAAUAACUCUAAAACAAAUUCUUCACUUAUGACCGAAUCUUUAGUUUAUUGACUGAAAUUUUAAGGAAAAAAACUAGUUUAAGACAUUAUAUAUUCUAAGACGUACCGCGAGAAAGACUCCUGUAUAGCCUAAAGGCUGCUAAAUAUAUCUCAAAGAAUAGUCUUCUUUGUCUAUUUCUUAACUUCAACAAGGAAUUUCAUCGCAUAAUAGGAUAUUCCUAAUAGAGAGAACAAUAAAAGAGUGAGGAAGGGGCUCAUUUGUGGUAAAGUGUCACGCAAUGUGGUUCUCGGUGACAGCUUAUCCUACAAACACCCUCCACCCUACGUUGCAGAUCCUCCACGUAUCUUCAGGAUUAUUCGUCCCACCUUUCUUGCAAGGACGACGGUGUCGUCUCCUUGGAUGCAACUGCGGCGGUCGUCACUUCGUAGUCAGCCCCUACGGAUGCACCCCUCUCCUUCCGGAAGAGGAGAGGCUCAUCGCUGAAAGAAAGAGAAAAAAACGAAAAAAGAAAACACGUUACAAGCGUCAGUCUUUGAGUCCCGGUGUGCACAGGGAACCAAUUGGACGCCUUGGGUGCGCUUUCAGUAGUCAGCUCCACUUGACAACUGGUUCCUCUACACUUGCUUCUCUAAAUCACAGAAGAAGAAGUCCAGACCCUUCUGAUUCCAGCAGUUCAUUGUUUCCUAGGAUUCACCUCCGUGCGGCAGAGCACACGGGCUAUAGCCGACUAGGUUCUGAUAAAUCUACGAGUCUCCCCAGCAUCUUAACCGUGCAGCAACAGAGAUUACCCGUUCAGAGGGUUCCAGUCCCUAGAGAAACAGAGGAGCCACUUCCCCUUCUGGACCGCCACCGUUUGCCUCCUCCACUGGACUCCGGGGACAGUAGUGACACUGAAGAUGGAAAUUCUCGAUUGGAUGAAGACCCAACGAUAUUUCCUAAGAGAUGGAUAUCCCCACCGGCUUCUUUCGGGGAGAAUAGUCAUCCGGCAGCGAGAUACGAUCCCUAUGGAAGAAGAUUGCCCCUUCUUCCAAACGAAGUAUUGAAGUAUUAUGGUUCUCGCCUAAAUUCCUUCGAGAGAAAUGAACUCCAAAGUGGAGAAUAUCCAGAAAUUUGGUAUCUGGGUCUCGAGGCCACAAAAAUUGAAGGAGAGGAAGGAACGCCACAUAACCAUGGAUACGACGAUGAUAAUGGAUCUUACAUCAAGGUACUGCACGAUCAUUUAGCUUAUAGGUACGAGAUACUUGAAGUGAUAGGAAAAGGAUCAUUUGGGCAAGUUAUUAGAGCACUAGAUCAUAAAACUGACCAACAAGUGGCGCUCAAGAUUAUUCGAAAUAAGAAAAGAUUCCACCAGCAGGCUCUGGUGGAAGUGAAGAUACUAGAGCAUCUAUGCCGGAAGGAUAGAGAUGGCAGUCAUCACAUGAUUCGGAUGUUAAAUCACUUCUAUUUCAGGAAUCACUUAUGCAUUACUUUCGAACUUAUGGGGUUAAAUCUCUAUGAAUUAAUAAAGAAGAAUAAUUAUCGAGGGAUCAGUGCUUCAAUGAUUCGUCGGUUUGCCUUCGCAUUGGUUCAGUGCCUGAGGCUCUUACACAAAGAGCAUAUCAUCCACUGCGACCUCAAGCCUGAAAAUAUUCUUUUGAAACAGAGAGGUGCCAAUUCGAUCAAAGUAAUUGACUUCGGCAGUUCUUGUUACACACAUCAAAGGGUCUAUACAUAUAUACAAUCCAGGUUCUACAGGUCGCCAGAGGUGAUCUUGGGUCUUCCUUAUGGGCCUGCUAUCGAUAUGUGGAGCCUAGGAUGCAUUCUGUCCGAGCUCCAAACUGGCCUGCCACUUUUUCCUGGUGAGAACGAAGCUGACCAGCUCGCAUGUAUCAUGGAAGUCUUGGGACCACCACCGCCAGCUGUGCUUGAGCUAGCCUCUCGAAGGAGACUCUUUUUUGAUUCCAAAGGCAAUCCUCGCUGCAUAACAAAUAGUAAAGGCAAAAAGCGGCGACCUGGAUCCAGGCCUCUUUCCAUGGCUCUCAGCACUGACGACCAAGAUUUUGUGCAUUUCAUUAGCAGGUGUCUCGACUGGAACAGUUCUUUGCGAAUGAGUCCAGACGAAGCUCUUCAACACGCUUGGCUAUCAUCGUGUUCCUCCCAAAGGCUCUCUUCUCAACCCCUCAGAGAAAUAGAAACUGAGGCCGCUCGCAGUCAUCAGUCCGAAGAAAAGGCCGUGGAAAAUCAGCUGGGCAAUCGAAGGGGUCAACUGGAAGAGCUUUUGCAUGAGGCCACUGGUUGCCCUGGAGAAUACGACGAUCCUUUGGAAGACUCCGGCACCUUCCUUCCCUCUAUCCUCUGAGAGGACAAUUUGCUCGUGUUUUAGACGACGCCUUCUAUUCAAGGAUCUCAAUUUUUACAGAAACUAGUCGAUUUAUGCGAUGGACAAUCCACGUGACAAAACCUGCACCUGUGGGAGAAACUGUGCAUUUUGUUUACUUUCUAGUUCUGCCCCUUUCUUUCAGCAACUUUCUAAUUUGUGUCGUGUAACUUCAAUUUCCCGCACCCGGCAAUCUUUCCUCAUUGUCUGUGUGCCAGCUCAAGACAAAAAUAUAGGACAGUCUUUUGUGUCGAGGCUUAAUGUUGGCUUCUCCAGGCUUGUUUCAAGAGCCAUACGUUUUAUUUGUGUUGAUGUAUCUGGGCUUGUCGAUUUUCGUAGUUAGAAGAAAAGUAUGCGUAUAUGUUUUUAUAUGUAUGUAUAACAUCAUUUCACUGUCAUUGAAAAAUCUUUAUAGACGAAUUUUCUCCCUUUAUCAUAUCACGUCAUUUUAACAACUGAUGCCAUUUUGAAGGUGUUAACCUUCGCGUUUCGAUAUUCGAUGUUCUUUUCUAAAUGCAGCAAUGAAAACACGGUGGUAAGAAUAUUCCUUCUCAUAGAUGGAAAUACUCUGCUUUAAAUAAUUUUGUCACACGUCCAAAUCGUUUAACACUCUUUCACUUGUCUCUGAAUAUUUCAUGUUUGAUUUACCUCUGUUUAAAAUAAAUAUUUUUGGAUUUCUUAUCCGUAGAAAACAAUAAAUUUAUUCUCUAGCAAUUAAUAUCGAGUCAUUAAAAAUCUAAAAUUCAAUAGUUUAAUCCCAGAUUUUUUUAUUGAACCAUUUCUGGGAUUAACUAAGUCUUUAUUUUUCUUCCCAAUAUUAAAAAUUUUUCCUUGAAAGAAUUUAACGUUAAUCAUGAUAAUUCUAUGCUACUGUAAAGAACAGCUAUGACUUUAUAAUAAAAAGGAUACUUACAUAAGAGAAAUAAGUAAAAUUGUUUCAUAUAAUUUUUGUGAAACUAUGCCAUUUUUUAACGAUGAGAAACUUAAUGCUUUCUAAAACUGAAUUUUCUACUUGAAAGAGAAUAUACUAAACUAAGAUAAGGUUUGUAUAACGCAAAUUUGCUAACAUAUGCAAAGGGCUUUUAUAAAAUUUUCUCAUAGCUAUUUUUAUCUACUUCAUCAAUAUAUGCGAAAACUUCCUCAAAUGAAGUAUAGAUUUUAUAGGGUACUUAAAUUAAUUUAUAAUGUCCCUUUCAUUGAUGCAUUUUUUCUGCCUUAAAUUACUGUAAUGUUGAAGGGUGCUUACAAUAUAGAAAGCAUAGAUUUUAUAGGGUAUCUGCUGACAGUCCUGGUGAAUUCAAGAAUUCAAGACCUGGUGAAUUCAAGAAAGACGAAAAAGCAGCAAUCCUGAAGAAUUAUUAACCAGUUUUUUUUUACGGUUUUUAAACAUUCUUUAAAAUUACGGCUGAAGAAAGAAAAUAUAUUUUCAUAUUUCAAAACUUUUAUUAACGAUACUCAUUUUUUUCCCUAAAAAAAUAUGUAAGACAAAGAGCAUUAAAUGAAGCUUAAAAAAUGAAAAUUAUGUGCUAGCAAAAUAACUAGAUUUAAAAGUGAUAAGUAAAAUGCAAAUAUCUAUUUUAUUAAAAAAAUUGUAAACUUUUGUGCUUAAUACAAAUCCUGAAAACAGAAUUCACAAAAUAUGUAUUCUUUACCUAAAGUAUACCUCACAUGCCUUUUGUUGUGAAAUCUCUUUCUACCAACACAGUUCUAUCAAUUUUCAUCCCACAUCCCUACCACCGCAACGUCACGUGGAUAAAAUAUUCCCUGAUGGUGAUCCUGCACGUCUUUUUCCAACUCUUUAAGAACAGCAGGUGGACUCUGCAGAAAAAAAAAUAUACCCGUUACAUCAGAGCUGAAUAUUGUGAUCGAUUUAAGGUAGUUUCUGGGCUCGUGUUUUUCUGUGUGAAAUGCAUUCGUAAAUUAUACGUGUAAUAUAUAUAUUUCAACGAGCGGUGCUGUAAAGAAAUAUAUCUCCCAAAUAAAGUAGUUUUUAAAAUAUA